CGGGUCGUUUUCUCUCUGCCACGACUACGACCGAUUGAAGAGAGAGAGUGAAAAAAGCAAGGAAAAAAAGCUGCAAGUGUGUUUGUUCCGCGCGCGCCCCUCUCCUUUGCUCGCCUACUUUGUUUCCGGUGCCAGUACUAAAACUACCGGAAGUCGAACCGGAUUCGGGUGGAAUCCAGUUUAAAUUGUGACCAAGAAGGAAAAUCUACCGAGCGAAAUCAUGAGCGAGGACCACCAAAAUGGCGAUCACCAGAACGGUGACGAGGAGAUCCGCGAGCCCGAGCACCUGCGCAAGCUGUUCAUCGGCGGGCUGGACUACCGCACCACGGACGAAACGCUGAAGGCGUACUUUGAAAAGUGGGGCAAGGUCGUGGACGUGGUGGUCAUGAAGGACCCCAAGACGAAGCGGAGCCGCGGCUUCGGCUUCAUCACGUACUCGAAGCCGUACAUGGUGGACGAGGCGCAGCAGAAGCGACCGCACAAGAUCGAUGGCCGCGUGGUGGAGCCCAAGCGGGCCGUCCCCCGGCAGGACAUUAACCGGCCGGAGGCGGGCGCCUCGGUCAAGAAGCUGUUCGUGGGCGGCCUGCGGGACGACUUUGACGAGGAGCACCUGCGGGACUACUUUGGCAAGUUCGGCAACGUCAUCUCGGCGUGCAUCGUGACGGAGAAGGAGUCGGGCAAGAAGCGCGGCUUCGGGUUCGUCGAGUUUGACGAUUACGACCCCGUGGACAAGAUCAUCCUCCAAAAGAGCCACACCAUCCAGAACAAGAUGCUGGACGUGAAGAAGGCGCUGCCGAAGCAGGAGAUGGACCGGUUCAAGAGUGACGGAGUGCGCGGUGGAGGUGGCGGCGGUGGUGGAGCCUGGGGAAAUCCGCCCCGUGGUGGUGGACCGUCCCAGAGCUGGGGCCAGGGAGGAGGUCGUGGAGGUGGCGGUUGGGGCCAGGGCCAGCGUGGCGGCCAGGGCGAGUGGGGUAACGGAGGUGGAUUCCAGCAGCAGGGUGGAUUCAGCAACGGAGGCUACGGAAACGGGGGUGGGUACGGCCAGACCGGAGGUGGCGGAAACUGGAACCAGGGUGGAAACCCGUGGGACCAGAGCUGUGGCCAGCAGGGUGGCUGGGGACAGCAGCAGGGCGGUUGGGGCCAGCAGCAGGGAGGCUUCGAGGCCGGCUUCGGCAACAACUACCAGCAGGGCUACAACGCCGGGCCGGUGCGCGCCGGAGGCUACCAGAACCAGCGGUCGGCACCGUACGGAAUGGAAUCGUACGAGGGGGGUACGUAUGGUAACCAGGGUGGAUUCGGCAGCGGGGGCGGCUACGGAGGCGCCGGCAACCGAAGGUAUUAAAAUGGACCUUUUGGGGACCACCUUCGACAACGGCGGCCUGAUGCACCUCUGGAGGACGGACAAAGCUACACAUUCUACUGUGUACAAGGUGUGUUGAGAAACAGACAGAGAGAGAGAGAGAGUAAGUCAAGCAAGUUGAGAGGUUCAGAAAUCAGGAGUUGAUUGACUGAAGCACAGACAAAAAGAAAGAGAGAGAGAGAAGUAAACAGAGGCAGAGAGAACAAUAGGCAUCAGCGCUCGCCAGAAAGAGGAUAACGAAGAAGGAGAAGGAUGGCAGAUGGGAUCGUGAAAGCAGAAACAGAGAAAGAGCGGGAGAGUGCAGGACGCGAAAGCAUUCUUAUUUUUUUUUAUUACGCUAACCAAGAAUACAGCAAAUUGAGAAGGAAACAACAACACAAUUAUAAUAGACAAAUCAUGCAAAUUUGGGGUGAGGGAGAACUUUUAGUGAGAAGAAGAGGAGUAAGCAGUGGUGGGCAAAACUAGACACGAGAAGAACAAGAACACAACCACCAGCAAAGUACAAUCAGUCGCUCGCAGAUAAGCUGUUAGUGGAGUCCCGGAGAAACACGCGCGCUUUCUUCUUUCUCUCACUGGAAUUUCUUCCCGCGAGAAGCAGAUGUAAAAGAGCAGAAAUUUUCGGGAUCUUUUUUUUGUUUCGUUUUUCUUACGAAUUGUGUGACAAAUUGAGGUGAAACAAAGCAGAAGAAAUAUUGAUUAUGCAAACAUUUAAACGUAGACAAACACUACUUUGUAAGGUUCGGUUGUAAGAACAAGUUAUCCUUAUUUUUCUCUCGCAAUAUACGCCUACACAAACACAUUACACACACAUCCACAAAUAUUACACACACAAAAAAAGAAACAAUUAAGUAUAGUAAAGGAAUGUUUAGGUAAGAAAAAAAAACUCGUAAAAAUCGUCCAUCAAAAGAUAAAGAUUAUACAAAAAACCACACUAAAAGCAUACCAAAACAAAACAAAUUUACUAGUUGAGCAGAAGAUUAAACAGAUGGUAGAAGGUACAGUGAAGAGAAGGCAAGUUAUGAGAAUCAAACUUAACGCAAACAUCUGUACAUAUUUUCUAUCAAAUCUUUUUUUUGUUUUAUAAAUAUUUUCUCGACUCAGCAAGUAACCGUUCUGAAGCGUGCUGUUUUUUUUUAUGAUUCUUGAAACAAAUCUGCCCAAAUUUUCCACGCAGAUUUUCGUUUCCUUUCCUUGGUUUGGAUUAUUUAUUGGUUGGCCUUCCGUCCCACAAAAACAAAGCAAAUCCAACUAUUUCCCUUUCGUUGAACGGAUUUUUUAAACCUCAAACCCAACAUUCUGCAGCAAGUCUCGCAGACGAAAACAAUAGAAUAAAUGGUAGUUUGUAAACUUCUAUGUCACAGAAGUAGAAAAGAGAGUGGAACGACAAAAGGCAUAACAAAGAAUGAGAAGCAAGUCACAACAGAAGCGAGAAGUAACGAUUCAACUGUACUAACGUGUAGCAUUAAAGAACAACUUAAGAUUUAAUCAAACUAAAUGUUCAAAUCAAGUAAAAAUUUCGAGACUAGUAAAGGAUAAAAAGUAUAGUGAGAAAAAAA